UCAUUGAUAAGUGACUUCGCAAAAUGCGUCGAUACUUAUUUAAACUCUCAUCUUUGAUAAUAACCCGCAGUUCUACGCAGCAUUUGGAUCUGCACGUAGCUUCUACAAAUUGCAGAUUUUACUUGUGAUUUGCGCAAAAAAUGGCGAUAUUAACCGAAUGCGCUGUUUUGGACACGCUCGUGAUAUUCUCAUUGUUAUUCGCGACGCUUUACCUGUGGAUGAAAUGGAAACACACUUAUUGGCAAAGACGUGGUGUACCUACGUUGCCCGCACAUUGGUUCUUCGGCCACUUCAAGGAUGCGAUCCUGUUCCGCAGGCCAGCAGGAGUGAUUCUCGGUGAACUACACCGGCAAGCUGCGGAUGAAGAUGACGUCCUGGGGAUCUACAUCCUGCACAAGCCGUUCCUGCUUCUAAGGAAUCCGGAACUGAUAAAGCAAAUAAUGAUCAGGGACUUCAAUGUGUUCUCAAAUCAUCAUUUUAGGGGGGCGUCCAAGGGCGACACAGUCGGCAAAUGGACUCUCUUCACCAUAGAAAAUCCUGAAUGGAAACAUCUAAGAACGAAAAUGUCACCGGUGUUCACGAGCGGUAAGCUGAAGAGUCUCUUUCUGCUGAUGCAAGAGUCAGGGGAAAAGAUGAGGGAUCACUUGCGCGAUCAGAUUAGGGACAAAUCCAAAACCGUGCCGAUAACUGUCAAGGACACGUUUUACAAAUACACCACCGACGUGAUAUCCUCCGUGGCAUUUGGGAUUCGAGUAAACUGCUACGACACAUCACCGCCAGAAUUUUAUGUAAACUCACGUAAGGCUUUCAACCAGACCUUGUUAAGGUCCUUCCAAUUCUUUUUCCUAUUCUUCUUGCCGAAGAUCGGACAGUAUCUAGGCAGCUCGAUAUUGGGCAAAUACACGGAUUAUUUCCGCAAAGUCUUUUGGGACUCUAUGGACAAUAGAAGCGUUACGAAAAUGAAACGGGGAGAUCUAAUCGAUUCUCUUUUACAACUAAAAGAUGAGUCAUCAGAUAAUACUAAUUUCCGAUUCGAGGCGGACGUUCUUUUUGCACAAGCAGCGAUCUUCUUCGUGGCCGGUCGUGAGACCAGCAUUACUACUAUGACCUGCGCUCUUUUCGAAUUGGCUAAGAAUCCAGAAAUGCAAAAACGCCUGAGGGAGGAGAUCCUCCAGACAAUCCAGGAUGCAAAUGGUGUAACAUACGAAGCGGUCCAUAAUAUGAAGUAUCUGCAUCAAGUGAUGAAUGAAACGCUGAGGCUUCAUCCGCCUGCGCCGCUCCUCGAUAGAGUUCCUAUCAGCAAUUACACAUUUCCUGGUACAAAGAUAACUAUCGAGAAGGGCACACCGGUAUACGUCGUGUUACGUGGUAUUCAGUCUGAUCCAAGGUACUAUCGGGAUCCUACGCGUUUCGAUCCCGAGCGAUUCAGCGACGAGAGAAAGGACGAGAUUGUACCUUGCACUUUCCUGCCCUUCGGAGAGGGUCCACGGAAUUGCAUAGGUAUGCGGCUGGGAACUUUGCAAACCGCCGUGGGACUGAUAGCGAUUCUACGUGAUUACGAGGUUGCGCUGAAUCCUUCAUGGAAGAUCCCUUACGAUCCGCGAAACGUAUUCACCUCGCCACCAGCAGGAUUCCUGCUGGAUUUCAAGAAGAUAUAACGCGUUAGCGAUAUGCAGUGAUAGGUAUAUCAAUUGCAAUUUAUACGUUUGUAUUAUUUUAGGAAGUGCAUUGGAAAUAUUUUGACUGAUGGAUAUGUUAGUAGGGCAUAAGCCUCUAUAGUGGAAAUGGCUCUCUAUAGUGGAAGUGCAAUUGCCAUGAUUAUUAGUGAAGUUCUAUACAAUUUAUAAUAAUUAUAUUAAUUUUAUUAAUAUUAUACAAUUGAUUUGUAAUUCUGUCAAUUAUCUGACAGUACCAGACAUUAUAUGGUUACACGUCUCAAGAAACAAAGAUUUCGAAAAAUCCUCUGUGAAACAACUGUGCAAAAUAUAACUGUAAUGUAAUGAAAGUAACAGAAGAACAAACAAACUUAUCAAUCA